GAUUGGGGGGGGGCCGGAGGAGGCGGGGGGUGGAGCUGCUGCGCUGGACGCGGCCGCGGCCGCGGCUGCCCGCGUCACCGCCGCGUUGAUGUCACGUGGCAAACUCCGCCAGCAACAGCAGCAGCAACAGCAGCAACAGCAACAGCAGGCGGCUGUGGUGGUGGGCAUGCUGGGCGGUUUGUCUCCGCGUCUCGUACCCGCGGCGGCGACAGCGGCGUCGUUUGUCCCCGUCCUGACGCCGGAGACAAUGGUCGUGUCCGAGGUGGAGAUCAACGACGUGCCAGCGGCCUGCAGAGACACGCUGACACGGGGACACGUCCAGGAUGAGAUUAGUAAGCUGAGUGGAGCCUCCGUGUCUACACGUGGACGCUUCAUGGGGCCGGAGGAGAGAAGUCGUGCCGACUUCUCAUCCACACGCGAGGAGGAGCGUCCUCUCUACGUCUCUGUUCAGGGCUCUUCCCAAGAGGCAGUAGACAAAGCGGUGGAGCGGAUCAAGGACGUGAUCACCAACGCGUUCACGAUCGAGGCCAUCACCUCAUCGUCAUCGUCAUCAUCGUCAUCGCCAUCAUCGUCCUGCAGAGUUCCACCCCACCACCAACCCCUCCUCCCACACCCCCCCACUAUGGGGGCUUCCCCCCACCACCACCACCACCAACAGCAACAACAACAACAACAACACCACCACCACAACAACAACAGCAGCAGCAGUCAGCAGCAACAGCAGCAGCAGCAGCAGCCUAUGGCUGCGUUGGGCAUGGCAAUUGGAAACAUCAUGAACCUUCAGCAGGCUUCCGCGUCUCCGCGCCCCCCACUUCUACCCCUGCCCGGCUUCACCCCUCCGGCCCCCCAAACGGGGGGCUCACGCGGGCUUCACUACGUGCAGGCGAAGUUGUUCGUGGGUCUGGAGCACGCCCGGGCAGACUUCGCCGUCUCGCGCAGAGUCGCCGGACCGCAGGGGUCGUACCUGGCCCACAUACAGAAGGAGACUGGUGCCCGUGUCCACCUGGGAGGACGGGGGUCGGGAUUCCUGGAGCCCACGUCAGGAAGGGAGGCGUUCCAGCCACUCCACAUCUACAUCAGUCACCCAAGAGCCGAGGGUCUGGCAGCUGCUAAGACCCUUUGUGAAAACCUCCUACAGACGGUGCACAGUGAAUAUUGCAAAUUUGAAGAGCAGAUGACCAACACACACAUACACAAUGUGUAUGCUCACCAUCCCUACGCCUCACCCGCAUCUCAACCAGCCUACGAAUAUCAACCCUCCACUCACCACACACCUUAUCAGCCGCUACAGCUGUAGCAGCAGCAGCAGCAGCAGCUACAGCUACACAUCCUGCUGCUACUGCUGUACCAGCAGUGGUCGUAGAAGGGGGAGGAGCCGUGGGCGGCGCCGUGGGCGGGGCCGGCGUCGUGGGAGGAGCC